UGUAACGGAAAAGAGCCAGCGAGGCUCCAUCCGCGUGUCGAGAACGUCCAUGGUUGCUCCUCCCGUCAGCGGCGGAUCCGCCUAUUUCUAGCCAUUUCUGCCACCUUCGCCUCCCAAUCUCCCCCUUUCUCCUUCUCCUCCUUGUCCUCCCUUCUGCACUUCGCUUCGGUCUUCUUCGUUUCCUGGCCUCCAACUCGCCCUGUUAGGGAUCGGGGCAAAUUUGGCAGAUUGAGACAGAGAUUGCAGAAGGAAAUCCAUUCUAAAAAGGAAAACAUCAUGGGAGAUUCACCACUUAAGUCAGAAGUUACUUUCUAUGAAUCCCUCCAAAAAUCUAUCAAGGAUGCAUCUUUCAGACACUCUGAUCAAAUAGAAACCAAUGCAACUAGAAAAGGUUCUGCUGAACAGAAAUUGCUUGGGGUUGAAAAGAAUGAUGAGAACUCUCUCCAAAUAGACGUGGCAGCUGAAUCAGCUUAUGAGGGAGGUGAUGAACAUGAUAAGAUCAUGUCAUUUAAAAGGGAUUUUUCUGACCUUGAUUUGCAGGCCCUGGCAGAAAAAGAUGAGACCAAUUCCUAUCGUUUGAACCAAAAACUGAUCAAUGAACCUGACAACAAAUCUGAGAAAGACAAGGGAAUAACACCUGAAUUAGUGAUCCAGAGUGGGCAUGUAAGUGAUCCAGGGAUGGGCUGCACUAACGCUUUUUGGGGAUCUCCAAUAUUGAAGCGGUCAUGCUCUAAUAUUGAGACGAAGAGAUCUAGUAAACAUUUUAUGUCCCCAGCCAAGUCCCAUUCAUAUGAUGACCUCAAAAACUUGCCUGGAAAUUUCCCUGAAGAACAACAAAAGGAUAUCCUCGGUAGCCCUACAUCAGUAAUAACUUCUUGCAGUGCUGAUAAAGUAAUGCUAAAGAAGAGAUCUUCGAGCCAGGUACUUCCUUCAAGAAGUAGGAAGGUUUGGUGGAAGCUUUUCCUAUGGAGCCACAGAAAUCUUCAUCAGAACUGGUCUCUGGAACCUCAUUGGAGUGCUUCCAUCAAUCAUAAAUCCAACCAGAAGGAUGGUUACUGCUCUGAUACAGUGGGACCCGGUGGGGGGACUGAUUUGAAGAACAAGAAAGUUGUGGAAGAGUCUGAGAUUAAGUUUAGGAAUGAUGUACGGCCUCCAAACCAGUGGGUUGCUUUUUCAACAGAAUCUUCUUCUUUAGAUAGAGUGGACGCUUGGGUACAUAGUCUUGAUGAUUCUCCAUUAUGCCCAAUUGAGUAUGAGUAUAAUGGAGAUGAAAUUGCACCUGAGUCUGCUACUCCCCCAAGUUUUCUAGACAUUGGAGAAUCAUCCAUAAAAAACAACACUCGAGGUGGUCGGAAUGGACUGGAAGACAUCUUGCAGGCCAACAACAUUAUACAAUCCCUUCCUCCUUUUUCUUCAGUUGUUCACAUAGCCAGCAUGGGCUUAAAGGUCAUACCCGCAAUUUCAGCUUUUAGUUGCCUCCGGUCAGUCAAUCUAUCUGGCAACUUCAUAGUUCACAUUUCACCAGGAUCUCUACCCAAGAGUCUUCAUAUGCUUGACUUGUCCAGGAACAAGAUUGCUACAAUUGAUGGAGUUAGGGAACUGACAAAGCUUCGAGUUCUUAAUCUCAGCUACAACAGACUCUCACGAAUUGGUCAUGGGCUGUCGAACUGCACCAUGAUCAAGGAGCUGUAUCUCGCUGGAAACAAGAUAAGUUGCGUGGAGGGUCUUCACAGGCUUCUGAAACUUGCUGUUCUGGACCUGAGCUUUAACAAGAUAACAACGGCAAAGGCUUUGGGCCAACUAGUUGCCAACUAUCACUCUCUAGUGGCCCUCAACCUACUCGGUAACCCGAUUCAGAGCAACAUCGGAGAUGACCAGAUCCGCAAGGCGGUCUGCGGCCUCCUCCCACACCUUGCUUAUCUGAACAAGCAGCCCAUCAAGCCAGUUGGAGCCAGGGAGGUAGCCACGGAUAGCGUUGUAAAGGCGGCACUGGGAAACAGUAGCUGGAGUUCUCGUCGGAGGUCAACUAGACGAGUUGGUCAUAGUUCAAGUCCUUUAAUCAAGGGCACCGGCGAGGGUAGGAGCUUCCGAGGUGUCAUGCAUCCGCCACGGAUCAACAAAGACAAAUCAAAGAGCAGAGAUCAACACUUCACUUAUCGGAAAUGAUAGCAUAUGAAAGCUUCUCGCUCUCGAUGUAAGAGUUUUGUUCGGAAUAAGCUGGAGAAGAUUGAACUGGUUGGUUCAAUCUAUAAUUUGCUUUCUAUUUAUAUAAAUCUACUAUUUGUUUCUA